AUGGUGUCAAAACCAAUUUUAGUGUCUUUUGGUUUUGUACUAAUCUUGAUUAAUACUCAUAGAAGUUAUGGAAGAAGCAACUUACAAAAAGAUAUUACAUCAAAAAUUGAGAAUAAUAAUGAGGAGGUGGUUUUAUCUAGAAGGCGUAGAUAUUUACAGUUUCCUGCAGGAAGUUCUUUCCAAUUAGUAUUUUGUUUCACUUAUCCAUCAGUGGGAGUUGGUUCGUAUUUCGUAUUUGGACACACGGCAGCUUUGGCUUUCGAAUUGCCUUCGAUGCCUUUGCACUUUGACGGAAAAGAUUUUCAAAAGAAGGACGAAGAACCUACUGAAGCUGCUACAACUGAAAUGCUGAAAGGUAAGGCUUAUGUCCUGUGCGCCUUUUCAGAUUAUCCAGAACUGAAAUUCACUCAUUUUAACCGUACCGACCAUGAACGAGUAGACCAUGGGUAUUCUCCUUGGAAUUUGCCUAAUAGUAAUAUGCCUAUUAGUUCCUAUAAAAAUGAGUUCAUGGAUUAUGUUAAAACUCCUGUUUAUAGUGCUAGAAGAAGAACAAAUAAUUAUUCCAAUAGUGAUAUUAAUUUGAAAUACCAACAAGCACCUUAUUCACAAAGGUACAAUAUCAAUAAUCAGCAUUCCCAUAUGAAACUUACUUUGGAUCCCAAGUUCUAUUCUAUCCACAGAAGAAGCAGAAGAGAGGUUUACAAAAAAAUCGAAAGUUUUCUCUCUAGGUUAAACCUGGAUGGGAAAGCAUGUCUUCUGAAAGCAAUAUGUGAAACAAGACAAUUGUCAAACGACAAGCAAACAUUUUUUAAAGAAUCCUUCAAAGGCCUAUUUAGAGCAAAACCACAUGAUGAUCAUGAUGAUGAAGAUGAAUACGACGCUGCUUAUAAUCCCAAUCAUAAUUGUGAGGAAAUGUUUAGUGGAUUUUUCGAUUUGGCUUAUCCAUGCCUGGACACUGUGGGUUUUUUUGUUUACGGAAAUACCGCUGGCUUGGCUUGGGAGUUACCGUCAGAGCCUAUUUUCUUGGACGCUAAACAUGGCAAACAUGAACCACCAACCACAACGAUGUUGCCACAUUUAGAACAUCCUGAUGUAGAAUAUGAAGAUUGGCAUUCGCCACAACCAUGGAACGACUUUGGUAAAAUGGAUUAUCAAGUAGCUGACAAACAAAGUUAUAAUCCAAACCACAAUUUACAAUUUGACUCAAUCGAUAGAUCUCCUGUCAGCUCCUAUUAUAACCCUUUCGAUAGUUACAGCCAGAAAUACAGCUCUAAUAAAUAUCCUGUACACUAUGUUAGAAAUAAUCCGCCUAAUGCUGCCAGGAGAUAUUCGUAUAAAGCUAAUCCGAAUGGCUUUUGGAAUAACAGAAGGAGUUUUCAAACUACGCAAAGAUAUAGAGCACCGCAAUAUAAGUCAGAAUCUCCAACAAGGAAUUAUGAUUAUGGAGAUGAUUUGCAUCAUAUUAUUCAUAGAAGAACUAGAAGAGAACUUUAUGGGAAGUUGGAAGAACUAAUUUCAGCGUUGAUCAGAGAUGGAAAAUCUUGCAUUCUAAAGACUAUUUGUCAACUGAACAAGUCUCCAAAAGAAAAAGGAACGUUUUUUGAGGAACUACUCAAAACAAUUUUCAAAGUUAAGCCAGACGAGUUUCACCAAAACGAAGACGACUACGAUCUGGCAGCUAAUUUAAAUCACAACUGUGAAGAAAUGUAUCCAGCGUGUGAAGGAAAUGUGCUAACUAAAAUAAUGAAUGUAGCUCUCAAAAAAUAA